ACUAGACGAUUUAGUGAGAUUAGUCUUCCCUCUAUUCUCACAAAUUUCUUAAACCUCCAUAACAAUGGCGAUAAACAUAUCUUCAUCAACCUUCACACCAUCAUUCUCUCACUUCUCCUCAACUCCUCCCUUCAAAUCUCCAUCGUCUCUAUCUCUCUUAUCCCCUACCACCAUACGUCCCCUUGGUUUCACUUCAAACCGAACCGUUGUUGUCACAAAAGCUUCUUCCACUGCUACUUUCUCACCUGAAGUAACUGAUCUACUUGGUGAGAUUAACAUUUUCACGGCUUCUGGAGAUUCCGUCGCGUUCAACGACCUCUGGGAUCAAUCUGAGGGGAUUGCUGUUGUUGCUCUUUUGAGGCACUUUGGAUGCCCUUGCUGUUGGGAACUCGCGUCGACGCUUAAAGAAUCUAAAGCAAGAUUUGAAGCUGCUGGUGUGAAGCUAAUUGCUAUUGGUAUCGGUGAACCUAAGAAAGCCCGCAUCCUUGCUGAAAGGUUACCAUUUCCAUUGGAUAACCUCUAUGCAGAUCCUGAACGAAAGGCAUAUAAAAUCUUGGGUUUGUAUUAUGGCAUUGGACGGACAUUUUUCAACCCGGCCAGUGCGAAGGUGUUAUCAAGAUCAAGAUUUGAGGCUUUGAAAAAAGCUGUAGAGAAUUACACGCUUGAAGCGACACCAGAUGAUAGAGCGAGUGUCUUGCAGCAGGGAGGGAUGUUUGUGUUUAAAGGUAAAGAGUUGUUAUAUGCAUGGAAAGACGAAGGCACAGGCGAUCAUGCUCCUUUAGAUGACAUUUUCAACAUAUGUUGCAAUGCAUGAACAACAAAUCAUUAGUAAAGUAUGUGGGUAAACAUGAUUAGUUUGACUCAAGUCAAAGAUAUAAUUAUAGAGAAGGUUGACCAGUUCGGUCAACAAUUUCAGAAAUCUAACACAUUACACAUGCACCGAAUUGAAUGAUAUACAAAUUCUAAUAUUCAGUCA